UUUUUGGGGUGGGGGGGACCUUGCACAUCAGCUGUUGUUGGACUGUGAUUGUAUGAUGAUUGCGCUGCAGUGAAACAGGAAGGCCAGUCCCGUCCACGCUUUCAGCCGGGCAUCAUGAAUCCCGGGAGCCGGAGCCUGAAGUUUGUUAUUUUGACAGCACUUCAGGCUUUAUGUGUCUCUCUGUGUGACGGCGUGCUCUCCGGAUCUCCCGAAGGAAAUCUCUUGGGAACAACUGUCCAACACAGAUCAGCAGCAAAGCAGAAACACUAUGGGACUACAGUACCUCUUCAGCUUGAUGGACAAGACUGGAAACCGAUUAGCCAGCUCAAAACCCAGAGUCACCCUGCAUCACUGAAGCUCCUGAUUGAAGCAGAAGGUGAGCAGCUGCUCUUGGCUCUGGAGAAAAACGAGGGGCUGUUUGCAAGUAACUAUACAGAAACCCAUUACCUGGAAGAUGGCAGCACCGUCACAGGCUCUCACAACUUCACGGCAAACUGCUACUACCAUGGUGAAGUGAAGGGUCAUGUCGACUCGGACGUCAGCCUCAGUACCUGUGCUGGGGUUAAGGGUUUCAUAUCUCUUGAAGGCAAAUCCUAUGUACUGGAACCAUCUGCUGAUCACUCUGAUGGGACUCACUGGAUCUACACAGCUGAACACCUCAAUUUUGCUCCAGGCACCUGUGGCCACGAUUUCAACAUAUCUUAUCCCAUUGAACAUGCAGACAGCAGUCCAUUCAGGGCUUUCAGCACAAGGCACAAACGCCAUGCCCAGACUACGACCAAGUAUGUGGAGCUAAUCAUCGUGGCUGACAACAGGGAGUUUCAGAAGCAAGGCAAGGACAUGGAGAAGGUCAAGCAGCGCCUGGCUGAGAUCGCCAAUUACGUGGACAAGUUCUACAGGGCUUUGAACAUCAGAGUAGCUCUGGUGGGCUUGGAGGUGUGGAGUGAUGUGGACAAGUGUCCCAUCACCCAAGACCCUUUCACCACCUUGCAUGAGUUCCUAGACUGGAGGAAGGUCAAGUUGUUGCCUCAGAAGCCACAUGACAAUGCCCAGCUAAUCAGUGGGGUGUAUUUCCAGGGCACCACCAUUGGCAUGGCACCCAUCAUGAGUAUGUGCACAGCAGAGCAAUCAGGAGGAAUCGUCAUGGACCAUUCAGACAACCCCCUGGGCGCUGCGGUCACGCUGGCCCAUGAGCUCGGACACAACUUUGGAAUGAACCACGACACGCCAGAAAGAGGGUGUGGCUGCAGGGUGACAGUGGAUCGUGGAGGCUGCAUCAUGACUCCUUCCACCGGGUACCCGUUCCCCACAGUGUUCAGCAGCUGCAGCAAGAAGGACCUGACAGCCAGUUUUGAAAAAGGCGUCGGGAUGUGUCUGUUUAACAUGCCUGAGGUCAAGGUGCUCUAUGGAGGGCAGAAAUGUGGCAACGGCUAUGUGGAGGAGGGAGAAGAAUGUGAUUGUGGAGAACUGGAGGAAUGUAUGAAUCCCUGCUGUAAUGCUACUACCUGCACUUUGAAGGGAGACGCUGUCUGUGCACAUGGACAGUGCUGCCAGGACUGUCAGCUGAAGCCAGCAGGCACUCCAUGCCGUGAAUCCAGUAACUCUUGUGAUCUGCCUGAGUUCUGCACUGGUACCAGCCCUCACUGCCCCUCCAAUGUCUACCUGCACGAUGGCCACGCCUGUCACAACGUGGACGGCUUCUGUUAUAACGGCAUCUGCCAGACUCAUGAGCAGCAGUGUAUCACGCUGUGGGGCCAAGGGGCCAAGCCAGCUCCAGGCAUCUGCUUUGAAAGGGUCAACUCAGCAGGAGACCCCUAUGGCAACUGCGGCAAGGACUCCAAAGGUUCCUUUGCUAAAUGUGAUGCACGAGAUGCUAAAUGUGGCAAAAUCCAGUGUCAAGGAGGAGCUAACCGCCCUGUAAUUGGCACCAAUGCUGUUUCCAUAGAAACAAACAUACCCCUGCAGGAAGGGGGAAGGAUACUGUGCCGAGGUACACACGUCUAUUUGGGUGAUGACAUGCCCGACCCCGGUCUGGUCCUAACUGGCACCAAAUGUGGAGAUGGAAUGAUGUGUCUGAAUCGUCAGUGCCAGAACGUCAGUGUUUUUGGUGUGCAUGAGUGCUCGGCCAAGUGCAGUGGCCGAGGGGUGUGCAACAACAACAAGAACUGUCACUGUGAGGCUCACUGGGCGCCUCCAUUCUGUGACAAGGCAGGUUUUGGAGGGAGUGUGGACAGUGGCCCCAUCAGAUUAGCAGACAGCGGGAGUCUGACGGUGGGCAUCCUUGUGUCUCUCCUCACUGUCCUGGGAGCUGGUCUGAUCAUCUGCAUCAAGAGAAAAACUCUACUGGGCCUGCUCUUCACCAGUAAAAAGAACCCAAUUGAGAAGCUCAGAUCAGUAAGCGCUGCAAUCAGCGGACCGUCCACCGCUAACCAGCCUCCAUCAGUGAGCACAACACCUCCAUAUGGCCCGGCCACGCCUCUGCCACACAGUGCCGCCAUCUUCAAGCCUGCUCAUCGGGGGCCAGAGGCGGUGCUCCCACCAGCACCCUACCCCUCCCACAGCCUGCGCAGGCUGCCCCAGUGCCCUCCGGUUCACCUCAGCCACCCUGUGCCCCUGUCUCUCACCGUGUCCCUGUCCCCUGGCCCCAGGCAGCUGAGACCUCUGGUGCCUCCACCUCAUCGUGCCCCUCCACCUCAUGUCCACGUCGAACCCAGGGGGGCGUCAGUUCGCAAUGUGUCACGCCAUAAUUCCUGCAGGAUAGUCAUGGAGUUGGAGAAGCCCAGUCCUCCUCAGAAGCCCCUUCCUGCUGAUCCAAGGAGCUCUCGUCUGGCUAGAAGUCCUUCUGUAGUUCAAGGCCACACUGUAGUCCAAGGGCCUUCUGCUGUUUGUGGCCCUGCACCAAAACCUGGUGUACCAAGACCUGUGCGCCCUGUCCCACAUCCCAGACCCAGUCCCAAGCAACCUCCAACUCUACCAAAGCCUUGCAUAAUUGCCAACGUCAAAUACAGCAGCUGAGACUUUGGCCGAAAGGGACAUUGUUGUGAUAAGACACUAAAAGAAUUGCACUAUGAAAGCUCUGAAAACCUUAAAAAGAUGGUGGCUUCUCUGAGUUUUGAAUCAGGAGAUCUGCCGUGUCCCUUUGGUGCUCUGUCUCUGAAUGGUGCUACGAGUCUGAGCUCAGGUACAUGUAAAGUAUUUAUAUUCUGUAUUUAUUGCCACGCAGUGCACUGUGCCAGACACUUUUACUACAUGGUAGCAAUUUAGAAAUUUUAAUUUGUUGUUUGCAUCAAUUUCACAGUUAAUUUUCCACAUCAGCUGAUCGUUAUGAAGGAUAGUGCUAAGCAACUUUAAAAAAAAAAAAAAGAUAAAGCCAAUGUGUGAAAUUGUGAUUGCAGAAAUGUUUUUGUGAAAUAUGUUUUAAUGAAGGGAACCCUUUACAUGAUAGUUUUGUUCUGUAUACAGCAAGAAGAGUUAUUGUGCAAUGACAGAUGAGAACAGAGAAAACUUCAGAGAACACUUCUAGUUCAUUUUCAGCUAAGUGGGGUUUUUCUUAAAGGGUAAAAUGCUCUCCAUAGCAGCUUUGAGCCAGACUGAAAAGGCUUGAAACAACCACUGAAAAAGAACACUCUGCUGUGGUAUUACUACAGCUGUUCUGCAAUGUGACUCUCAACGUGAUUACACAACCGAAACACUGAGUGGGAAUUUGAGGGGCUGAAAAAGCAGCUGAAAUGCAGGCCCAUUUCUUCUUCAUUUAUAUUACAGAAAGGUAACAAGUUGGAUUAUGAAAUGUCACUGAUUUGCAAUUUGCUUUGCAUUAACAAGACUCAAGAAGCUCACUUGAGGGACCUGGGUUACUGAGGUAAGAACUGAACAUGGAUCUAAGAUGAGCCCACAUCAAGGAAGCAUUCAUUCCUCAGAGAGAGCAAACUUCUCUUAAGUAUUGCUCUGCUAAAGGUCGUGUGUGGAGUAUUUUCCUCUUUGUCUGUCUGCAUCAAGGAUUAAAUCAUGGAACCACGGAGGACUGUCUUAAAGCUGUGGCCAUAGAGGCAUCACAGAGUCACUCACAUGGAAACAGCCAGUGUCUGGCUACAGUGUUCAUGGGUGGAUUUUAAAUCAUGUUUUUCUGUAAUGGGAAAGGACGGAUUCACUUGACAAGGACACAUUUGUAGAUCUUUCUGUCACUGAAAUGAAGUUUAGAGGUUACUCAGUGCACAUUGAGGCACCAGUCAUCCAGAUCAUCCUGUGCAGUUAUUCAUUUUCUAUUUUUUGUAACUUCUUACUUUGGCUAUUGAGAUUAGUUUUUUAAAACCAAUCUACAGCUUAGAUACAAAAUCGAACGGUGUUUUAUUAUGUUUACAGAUUUAUUGUUUUAUUGGAUUGCAUUGCAGCAUAUAUAAAUUCACACUAAGCAACAUUUCCUUUAAGCACUGCUCUUCACAAAUACGUAGGCUGAAAACUGAACUUUGGACUUUUGUUACUUUUGAUACUGUUGUAUUUUUUAAUAAUGCACUAGUUUUACAUUCAUGGCUUUGUUUACUUUCCCUUUUCAAUGUUAUGUGUCCAUGGACUAAUAGGCAGUAUUUGAGUCCAGUCAGCUGACUGACUAUACAUUUUGUCCAUAUGUCCCAUGGAUGUUAUUUUACAGUUGAACACAUUUUCAUGGAGAAUGCUUUUUUUUUAAAUGAUGAUUGUUGGAUACAUCAUAUGUAAAGAAAACACAUAAAGUGUCAGUGUCUGGUCAUGGUAUUUUGAA